ACUUUCCAAAUCAUUAACACCAUAACAACCAACAUGGCUUCCAACCUUUGUUACUCUCUCUCCAUAUUUCUCAUUCUUCUAAUAACAGCUUCCGCAGACAGUGGUCAAAACCUCAGCACCCCUGUCUCACCCGGAACGGCGUGCAAAUCCACGCCAGACCCCUCCUUUUGCAAAUCCGUUCUCCCUCCCCAAAACGACAACGUUUACGACUACGGUCGUUUCUCCGUCAAAAAGUCACUAUCACAGGCGCGCAAGUUCUUGAACCUAGUCGACAAAUAUCUCCAACGUGCCUCUUCUCUCUCCGCCGCCGCCACACGCGCGCUUCAAGAUUGCCGCACGCUCGGGGAACUCAACUUCGAUUUCCUCUCAACCUCCUUCCAAACCGUGAACAAGACAACCAGGUUUCUCCCUAGUUUCCAAGCCCAGGACAUUCAAACGUUGCUCAGUGCCAUUCUCACCAACCAACAAACAUGCUUGGACGGUCUCAAAGACACUGCUUCCGCUUGGAGCGUCAGGAACGGCCUCACUGUCCCACUCUCCAACGACACCAAACUCUACACUGUCUCUCUCGCGCUCUUCACCAAGGCUUGGGUUCCCAAAACCAAACCCAAGCCCAACGCAAUGCUGCACCACGCUAAACUUAUUGGGUUUCGAAACGGCCGUUUGCCGCUUAAGAUGUCCACCAGAACGCGCGCCAUCUACGAGUCCGUCAGUAGGAGGAAGCUGCUUCAGGCCUCGGUGGGUGGUGAGGUUAAUGUCAGUGAUAUUGUGACGGUGAGCCAAGAUGGAAGUGGGAACUUCACCACCAUCAGUGACGCCAUUGCUGCGGCACCUAACAAAUCUGUCUCCACCGAUGGCUACUUUCUUAUCUAUGUUACUGCCGGUGUGUACCAGGAAAAUGUGUCCAUUGAUAAGAAGAAGACGUACUUGAUGAUGGUCGGGGACGGUAUCAACAAGACCAUUAUCACAGGCAAUCGCAGUGUCGUUGAUGGCUGGACAACCUUCAGCUCUGCAACGUUGGCUGUGGUUGGGCAAGGAUUCGUGGGUGUGAACAUGACCAUCCGCAACACCGCGGGAGCCGUGAAGCACCAAGCGGUGGCACUCCGAAACGGAGCAGAUUUAUCGACGUUCUACAGUUGCAGCUUCGAGGGGUACCAAGACACGCUGUACGUACACUCGAUGAGACAGUUCUACAGGGAAUGCGACAUCUACGGCACGGUAGAUUUCAUAUUCGGAAACGCCAAGGUGGUGUUCCAAAGUUGCAACAUGUACCCUCGUCUCCCCAUGAGUGGUCAAUUCAACGCCAUCACCGCACAAGGAAGAACGGACCCAAACCAAGACACGGGAAUUUCCAUCCACAACUGUACCGUGAGAGCUGCCGAUGACUUGGCAGCUAGCAACGGCGUUUCAACGUAUUUGGGGAGGCCGUGGAAGGAGUAUUCAAGAACGGUUUUUAUGCAGAGUUUUAUGGACAGUGUGAUAAACGGUGCGGGGUGGCGUGAAUGGGACGGUGAUUUUGCGUUGAGCACUUUGUACUAUGCAGAGUUCGGUAACAGUGGGGCAGGGUCCAGCACCGCCAACAGAGUGACGUGGCCUGGUUAUCACGUGAUUAAUGCCACGGAUGCAGCCAACUUUACUGUGUCCAGUUUUUUGCUUGGAGAUGAUUGGUUACCGCAGACGGGAGUCACUUACACUGAUAAUUUGUUAUAGAAAACUUACUUGAUUGUCAUGAAUUUUGCUAUUUUUUCUAUUCUUUAAACAAUAAGUUGCCCACCGCCUCUAGUACUAAUUAAUACUUCAUCCUGCCAAAUGUUCACACCAUGUUACUUCAUUCAAAAUUAUUGUGAUUUUGUUAUAAAGCUAAUAAUACUACAAUGAUUUAUGUCCCAUUGAAAGCUAUAAAAAUUGUUGUAUUAUUAUAUGUGUAAAAGAAUUCGAAUUUAAUCGAGUGAAAUAAAAUAAGAUAUUUUUUAUUUAUC